AGCGAAACGAACGGCGACAGAGAAUGGAACUGGUGAGAGUCAGGUUCCCGGGAAGGCGAUAAACAGGCCAGUCGCAUGUGAGCACAGGGAGUCGACAAGAGAAACCACUACGACACCCUCCCUCCCCCGUCUUUUCAGGUACACGAGAAGAAAGACAACGAACGCAAAAGCCUCCAGCUGUUCUCUCCCGCCCUCUUGUCUCUUCCUUAUCUUCUCUCACCAUGGAUUCCUUGCAUGCUAGCUCUGCUCUUUCUUCUUCUUCCCCUUCUUCUUCCUCUUCUUCCUCCUCUUCUUCUUCCUCUUCUUCUUCCUCUUCUUCUUCCUCUUCUUCUUCCUCUUCUCCCUUUCCCGCUUCUUCCUCUUCCUCCUCUUCCUCCUCUUCUUCUUCCUCUGGUUUCUCUUCUUCUUCUUCCGCCUCUUCUUCGUUCUCUUCCGCGUCUUCUGUCCGUUUCUCGCCUUCGCGUUGCCAGUUCUGCGGGUCUCCGCGAGUCAGUUUGCUGCGCGUGGCGUCUCGACUGCGCAGUUGCCGAGCAUGUUUCGUGCGAGCCUUCGAGGACGACGUCUCGGCCUUUAUUCGGCGCUUUUCUCUCUUCCAACGGGGCCAGAAAGUUGCAGUCUGCGUAUCGGGUGGGAAGGACUCUGCGGUGCUGCUCCACGUCCUCCACACGCUGAAUGCGCGGGAGGAUCUUGGCCUCUCUCUCCACCUGCUCGCAGUCGACGAAGGCAUCAAGGGGUACAGAGACCAUGCGCUCGCAGCUGUGAGGCGAAACAGCGAGGUCUACAACUUGCCUCUCCACGUCGUCUCCUACGCCUCUCUCUAUCACGGGUGGACGAUGGACAGAAUUGCCCAGCAGGCACUGCUAGGAAAGGACGGAGAGCCUCCCGUGUCGCGCGAAGCCGCUGAAGCGCCUUCCUCCUCGUCUCCAUCCUCUGCGAGCUCGGGAGCGCCGGAACGCCCAGCCGCUUCGUGCUGCUCGUCUCUGUCCCCUGCGACACAAUCAUGCGGGUGCAGCAGCAGCGGUGGCGCAUCGGUCGGUCCAGGCGAGUCUGCGGAGGCGGCGAGGCCGGGCCGCGCAGAGAAGAAGCGCGAGACGCAGGCAGGGCGCAGCGACGACUUCACCCACAGCUGCACGUUCUGCGGCAUUUUUCGGCGGCAGGCCUUCGAACGCGGUGCGCAAGACAUCGGCGCCGACGUCCUCUGCACAGGCCACAACGCAGACGACGGAGCAGAGACGUUUCUGAUGAAUAUUUUGCGAGGCGACAUGCAGCGGCUGCCUGUCUCGGGCGCGCCGCUCACGGGCUCGCGCGAGGGGCCGAGUGUGAUGCGCGUGAAGCCUCUGCUCGCCUCGUACCAGCGAGAAGUAGUGCUGUACGCCCACUUCAAUCGGCUCGACUACUUCGCAACGGAGUGUACGUACAGCGGAGCCGCCUACCGUGGACUCGUGCGCAACUUCCUGUCCUCGCUCCAGGACAACCAACAUCAGCAACGCGUUCUCGACCUCCUGCAUGCGGCGCGGAAGCUGUGGGUGCCUUCACGUGUGUCCUCCGAGGCUGCAAAGGACGCGGGGGACUCUGAGGCUCGGCGAGAAGGUCGAAGCGGAGACUCAGACAUGGCGGGGAGAACCCAGAGCGUCAGAAGAAAGGGGGGCGGAGAAGAAGCCGCAGGCACAGAAGUCGACGUUUUUCUGAGAGAAACCCACGAGAACGCAUUUCGGGAAUGCACAGCAACUGCCGCAACACACGACGCACUCCAGGCUUCCUCGUUGUCCCCUGCCUCGGCUUAUAAACGGGAAACCGAGGCGGCUACCGCUUCCUCACUCGGCGGAGAUCUGUCGGUACCCUCAAACGCGUCUUCUGCGUCGUUUCGUCUCUCAAACGCAGGAUGCGGAGAUGGAGGCGAAGGAGGCCUGGAGAAGAACGAGAGUGGCACGGGGCCUGCUAGGAACGGACAGUUACGCCCCUGCGUGCUCUGCGGCUUCCUCACGAAGAACGAUUUGUGUCGUGCAUGCGCGCUGGUCCAGGCCCUCAACGAAAACAAGCUGGACUUUGUGGGCAUGAAUGCACGGAAAGGAAACAAAUUGAUGCGUGGAAACGAGCGGGGGAACCACGAGAAAGGCAAAGCGAGUCUCUGCUCAGAGAGGAGAGACAGCAUCAAACCUGCAGUCGUCAGAAAAGAAAACACAAGACCCUCAGACCUAGCCUCGCAAACGCCUGGUUUGCGGGGAUCUUUAGCAUGGUGACCUGGACGUAAACGACAGUGGUAGGAUCUUUAAACGGGUGAGAUUUCGUCUGCUGUCGAUUCUCAUGUCCUCGUACGUUUCAUUAUGGGGGUGGUAUUGUACGCACGCAAUGAGGCACACUCAAGUGUCCUCGCGAACAGUCAGACAGAAAAAGGGUCCAUUCCGUUUGCAUGUGUCUACAUUCUUGUUGAGGCCUACACAUGUAUACCCAUGUGGACAUAUAUGUUUACAUAUAUAUAUAUAUAUAUAU